UCAAUGUUCAUGCACUCUGUGAAGCUGCCACUGGUAAGUCUUGCAGUCUACAUCUGACAUAGUGAAUGAAUGUAUUGGUCGUGAAAGAGGAAGAUUACCUCAGCAUGGUUAUGGCCGAGUGCUAUCUUCUUCUCUCCCGAUUUGCAGCAAUCAGAGCGGCUCUGUUGAUCCAGCGCUGGUACCGUCAGUAUGUUGCCCGGCUGGAGAUGAGACGCAGGUGCACGUGGAACAUCUUCCAGUCUAUUGAAUAUGCAGGAGAGCAAGACCAGAUCAAGCUCUACAACUUCUUUGGCUUCUUGAUGGACCACUUCACCCCAGCCAGCAGUGAAAGAAACUUAAUAUCUCACAUCUUUCGGAAGAAUGAAAUCUGUCGUGACACAGAAUGGGAGAGAUAUUUUUGCUACAAGAGCAUUGAGGUUACUGAUAGCUACACCGGCCCCCAUCUGACGUUCCCCAUGACAUUCUGUGGCGUGUCAAAGCUGGUGGAGGCCUUCAAGCACAAACAACAGCUUCAUGCUCGAUAUGUUCUGCAGCUUCUUGGAGAGACCUGGAGACUUCUAAGAAUUCUCCCAAACAUCAGUCAAGUCACCGCCUGUAACAAGCAGAUUACCAUAUGCGGAGAUUUACACGGGCACCUUGAAGACCUGCUGUUGAUAUUCUACAAGAAUGGUUUGCCGUCCUCUGAGAAACCGUACGUCUUCAAUGGAGACUUUGUGGAUCGUGGUAAAAACUCUGUAGAGAUCCUGCUCAUCCUGUUUGGGUUCCUGCUGGUUUAUCCCAACGAUGUCCAUCUGAACAGAGGGAACCACGAGGACCACAUUGUUAACCUGAGAUAUGGUUUCACUAAAGAGGUUUUGGGAAAAUACAGGGUGCAUGGCAAGAAGAUCCUAAAGCUUCUCCAGAACAUUUUCAGCUGGCUGCCUCUGGCUACAGUGAUUGAUAACAAGGUGCUGAUUGUGCAUGGUGGGAUCUCAGACACCACAGACCUCGACACGAUAGCCAGAGUGGACAGACACAAAUAUGUGUCGGCUCUCAGGCCUCCUAAGCUGACACAUGAUGCAGUCAAUGGCAGUAAGACGAUGAACAACAGGAACAGGGAGACCCGUGGACCAGUGGACGGCCGGCGUCGAGUGUGUUCUCUGUCUUACCAAAGUUGGGCUCCGGAUCACAGCCACGACCUCCCGCGCCGCUCGCUCCACAACGCGUCCGUGAGCAGUCAACUCAAAUGGUCGGUUGAAGAGGAGCUAAAAAGGAGGCGCAGGCUGGCUGGGUUUGACCAGUCCUACGGAGAACUGAAGAAGUCUGACUCUGACUCAUUCACAGAGUCUGAAACAACAGAGACAGAUGAGUGGAAACAAAUAGUGGACGUGUUGUGGAGUGACCCGAUGCCCCAAAAUGGCUGCAUUCCCAAUGAGGUGCGAGGCGGAGGCUGCUACUGGGGCCCAGAUGUCACCGAGGAGGUGCUGGGAAGAAACAACCUCCAGCUCCUCAUCCGCUCCCAUGAGUGCAAACAGGACGGCUACGAGUUCUGCCACAACCGCAGGGUGCUUACUAUAUUUUCAGCGUCUAACUACUACGAGGUGGGCAGCAACAGAGGAGCCUACAUCAGAAUGGGACCCGAUCUAGUCCCCCACUUCAUUCAGUAUCAGGCCAGCACGACAUGCAGAGAGCUCACCCUGAGACAAAGUGUUGGGUGGACAGAGAGCUCAGCGCUGCGAGCUCUGAAGGAACAACUGUUCGUACAUAAGUCCGAUCUCAUCAGUGCCUUCCAGGAGUUUGAUCCCAACAACAAAGGGGUGAUCUCUUUAAGGCACUGGGCCAGCACCACAGAGAGAGUCCUGAAUCUGGGUCUGCCCUGGAGGGUGCUGCGCCCUCAGCUUGUCAGCAGCACCCAGUGUGGCAUGGUGGACUACCAGCAGUGGAUAAGGGAGCUCUCCAUCACUGAGCCCAAACUAGAGAUCUCAGAUAACAGCAUCCUGGAGACUAUGUACAAGAACCACGCCAACCUGGAAACCAUCUUCCGAAUCAUAGACACAGAUCACUCAGGUUUGAUCUCUUUCAAGGAGUUUCAUCAGACCUGGGAACUCCUGAGCUCUCAUCUUAAGACAGAGAUCAGUGCCAAGGCCAUCACAGACCUGGCUCAGAGCAUCGACUUCAACAAAGACGGGAGCAUCGAUAUCAAUGAGUUCAUGGAGGCUUUCCGGCUGGUGGACAUCUCUGCACAUACCUGAGAGUCUGGACCAGAAGCUGUACCUGCUGCAUAGAGAACACCAAGAACAGUUUUGGAUAGUAGUUCACCUGGAUACACAUCGAUGGAAAUGGAAAUGUUUAGCAGUUUCGCAGCCUUCAACCUUGAUCUUUUCUACCACUUAUUAUUUUACCUUUUUAUAAUUAAUCUCAGAAGUUAGUGUAACUCAAUGAUCAAUGUUUAGUUAUGCAUAAAAAUCAUCAAAUACGUAUUAUGUUGUCUCGACAUACAUGAAAUAAGUUCAAAAAGGGGGUGUGGCAGUGAGAGUGGCCUUUAGCAAAAGCACAUAUUCUCCCUUUAAAAUGUUAAUUUCAUUACAUUAGAAUAAGAGCCCAAAUUGGCUCUUUGUCAUGUACAGAGGUAUUAAACCAUCACUGUAGACAUUUUUUAUAUAUAUUAUUAGUAUUAGCUUGUUUAAAGUAACACGGUGUCAUUUUAUCUACCCGUGUUUUGCAUGCAACUUCUCAUUCUGCAAAACGAGUGAGUAGUCAUCUGUCACUACUUCCAGUGUCCUUUACUUCUACCUGUGUGUAAUUCAGACCCCUGGGAUAUCGGUGACUACUAUACGAGGGGAUAUAAUCUUUUGGAAAGCUGCUUAAUCACUUCAACUGCCAAUCAGUCCGAAUCCAGGACAUAAAUCCUAUCAACUCAAGCCCUACUUUGAUGAGAUGUUGGAAAGGGCUUGUCUGAAAGUGACGUGAGAUGUCCCAUACGAGUACCACAACAUUGCAACUGUAUGUAACCUCUUCAGAUUAAAGAGAGGAUGCGGUUAGUCGGGCAUGUAAGUGCCGUUGUUCAUAAAGAAAUGCACAGUUUACCUUUUAGGACUGUACUGAAUAGUUUAAAGCUUCAUCCAUAACGUUACCAUUCAAAAUCAACAUUUGAAUACUGCACAUCAUUUUAUUUUUUAAUGUCUUAUUUUAGUUUAAACUCGUUUUUUCUGCAAUUACAGAUACAAUAAUAUUCUACUAUUUGUAGAAUAAGAUUCCAGUCUUUCAAAAAUCAUUUUCAGUUUGCUCUCCGGCACACA